AUGGCUAAGGGGUCAAAUUUAGUUCGAAAGAAAUUUUUGCAUAGAACUCAAAUUUUUGUAGUAGUAUUUAUAAUAAUUCUAUUGAUGACAAAAAUUUGCCUUCAUAUUAAUCCCGAAUGGGAUCCUUUUAAAAGUAAAGGAUUGGAUGGUGAUAAUAGUGGCAUUACAAAUGACAAUUCACCGACCAACAAUGACUCGAAUAUUAUAGAUGAUAAUCCAUCUCUCGUCAUUGAAGAUGAGAACGUCAAAAACGAUACUUCUUCACACGACGAUCAUGACAUAAUAAACGAAGAAGAAGAGCAAGUGAUAUCAUCUCCAAAGGAUGUCCCGUUCACAAUUGUAACGGGAGCCAGUGAAAAUCAUUUUUGCCCUUUAAAAAGUUUUCUUUACACGACGCAUGAAACCAUAAAAGGAUUCAAGAAUGCAAAAGUAGUUGUAUAUGAUUUAGGGUUAUCCAGCGCACAAAUAGAAAUCCUUGGUGGUCUUCAAAAGAAAGGUUUCAUAACGGAAUUAAAAAGGUUAGAUUGGUCCAAAUAUCCUAAAUUUUGGAAUAUAUCGAUAGCAAGAGGAGAAUACGCUUGGAAACCUGGAAUGAUUUAUGAAAUAUCAAAUGAAUAUCCUGGCAAUAUAAUUUGGCUGGAUAGUGGAACUAAAGUUAAGAAAUCCUUCUUCAAUAACCUUGUCGGAACUUUAAAAGAAUAUGAUGGAUUCGUUUCACCAAAAUCACCUGGUACCAUGAGAACCUGGACCCAUAAAGGAGUUUACGAAUAUUUUCACGAUGAUCAUACGAAAUACGAUGAUUUACCAAAUUGUAACGGUGCGGCUAUAGCAUUUGAUACUAAACGUACUCAAUCAUUAAUUGAUGCCUGGUAUCAAUGCGCUUUAGAUAAAGAUUGUAUUGCCCCUCCCGGAAGCAGCAGGCAAAAUCAUCGUCAAGAUCAAGCCUUGCUCACUUAUUUUGCUGCCAAAGAAGGCAGGACUUGUGAUCAAAACAGAGCUAAAUUUGGUUUUCACAUUCAUGACGAUGGAAAUUGUAAAAAAGAAAUCGCUAAAUAUGAAAAUGAACAUGACUACAUAUAA